AUGGGCUUCGCUUUGAAGAAGCCUGAUGAUGCUGUCGGCUCUGCAGCCCCAGCCAUCAUUAUUGGUCUUUUUGUUGCCUUUGGUGGUGUUCUAUUCGGAUAUGACACUGGAACUAUCAGUGGUAUUCUCGCAAUGAAAUACUGGCGGGAAAUGUUCUCAACCGGCUACACCAACCCUACUGACCAUCUACCUGAUGUGACUUCUUCUCAAUCUUCUAUGAUUGUCUCAUUGCUCUCCGCUGGUACCUUCUUCGGUGCCCUUGGUGCUGCCCCUGUCGCAGACCAUUUCGGUCGUCGCCUUGCUAUGAUCCUUGAGAGUUUCGUGUUCUGCUUCGGUGUUAUCCUGCAGACUGCGUCCACCUCCAUCCCCCUUUUCGUGGCUGGUCGUUUCUUUGCUGGCUUGGGCGUUGGUCUUCUUUCUGCAACCAUCCCUCUGUACCAGUCUGAAACCGCUCCAAAGUGGAUUCGAGGAACCAUUGUCGGAGCCUAUCAACUCGCCAUUACAUUCGGUCUUCUAUUAGCUGCUAUCGUCAACAACUCUACCAAGGACCGCAAUGACACCGGCUGCUACCGGAUCCCAGUGGCAAUUCAAUUUGCCUGGGCCAUUAUUCUAGUCGCCGGCAUGAUUGUUCUGCCCGAGACACCACGCUACCUGAUCAAGAAGAACAAGCAAGAGGAAGCUGCCAAGGCUCUAGCUCGCAUUCGUCGCCUUGAUAUCAACGAUUCUGCUAUCGUUGAGGAGCUCGCCGAGAUCCAAGCCAACCAUGAAUUUGAGCUCCAGCUGGGUAGUGCGUCUUACCUUGAAAUUCUGCGCGGAUCCAUUGGAAAGCGAUUGGCAACUGGCUGUGGUAUUCAGGCCUUGCAGCAACUUGCAGGAGUCAACUUCAUCUUCUACUACGGCACCACCUUCUUCCAAAAUUCCGGCAUCAAGGACUCCUUCGUUAUCACACUGAUCACCAACAUCAUCAACGUGGUCUCCACCUUCCCAGGUCUCUACAUGGUUGAGAAGUGGGGUCGUCGCCCACUCCUCAUGUUCGGCGCAGUUGGCAUGUGUGUUUCCCAACUCAUCGUCGCUAUCGUCGGCACAGCAGCAGACUCCGAGGUCGCCAACAAGGUCCUCAUCGCCUUCGUCUGCGUAUACAUCUUCUUCUUCGCCUGUUCCUGGGGCCCAGUUGCAUGGGUAGUGACAGGUGAACUGUAUCCCUUGAAGGCCCGUGCAAAGUGUCUUUCCAUCACAACAGCAACCAACUGGCUCCUCAAUUGGGCUAUUGCCUACGCUACACCAUACAUGGUGAACGAUGGACCAGGAAACGCAAAUCUCCAAUCCAAAGUCUUCUUUAUCUGGGGUGGAUUCUGUUUCAUCUGCGCUAUCUUCGUUUACACUUGUAUUUAUGAGACGAAGGGACUGUCACUGGAGCAGGUCGAUGAGCUUUACGCUAAAGUGCCUGUUGCGUGGAAGUCAAAAGGCUUCGUUCCAUCUGUGCAUUACACUGAUGUGAGGGACGUUGCUGGCUCAAAGCAUGGUGAUCUUGCCAAGCUUGAGGCGGAGGCUAAUGAGAAGCGCAAUGGCGAGCAGGCGACUCACUUGGAGAGUAUUCCUGCGAAGUCGGAGGUCUAA